AUGUCUAGAAAUAAUAACAGUCCCCCAACAGAGGCGGACUUUUCUAAUGAUGAUGACGAGCAUGAAUAUCAAGACACCUAUAAAGUGACCAACAAGAAAUCCUUGCAAGAAUACGCCAAACUAGAUGCCGAGGAUGAAUCACUAACUAAAUGGAAAGAAUCAUUAGGCUUAAAUACAGGUAAAAUAUUACCUUUAGAAUAUCCAUCUGAUAAGAGACAAGUUGUUAUUAAGAAAAUAGAAUUGGUUGUCUCUACCGACCCUCGCAAACCAAUUUUAUUUGAUUUAACUAACGAUGAAACUAUUGAAAAAUUAAGUAAGACUAAACACAAAAUUAAAGAAGGAUCUGUUUUUAACCUAAGAAUUACUUUUAAAAUUCAACACGAAAUUAUUACUGGUUUAAGAUACGUUCAAUAUAUUAAAAAAGCUGGGAUCCCAAUUGAUAAAAUUGAUGACCAAUUAGGUUCUUAUGCCCCCAAUACUGUCAAUAAACAAGAAUAUAUUGUGACAUUACCCGAAGUUGAAGCUCCUACUGGAUUUUUAGCUAGAGGUUCAUACAGUGCUGUCUCAAAAUUUAUUGAUGAUGAUAAGGUUAACCAUUUAACUUUGAAUUGGGGUGUAGAAAUAGUUAAGGGAUGA